AUACGGCAGUAAAUGUAUACCAGAAGUUGACUGCCAACCACCAAUAAAAACAGAAGAAGAAAUGCGAACAAAAAAAGAGCCGCCUUCUCCUGUUCGUUCCAAAGAACCGCCUCAAGAGCCGUUGCAUUCGGGACAGAUACAUCACUACAGCAGACAGAGCGCAGCACACCGAAGGCGACAAAAAACGGUUUAAUAACUACUAACAACCUUCUCCGUCCAUGUUGGCGUUUCGCGUCUUUUUAGUUGCGCCUAGGACAUUGUAGGUGCCUCCCGGCCGCAUGGAGUCCAUGUUGAAAAAGUCAGCGAGGCUUUUUGCGGACAAGAGAGCAUCGCGCUGCUGUUAGCUCACGUAAGCUAAUGCUUGCUAAUGUUAGUUAGCCGCAGCCAGUGGACUCCAAGGGCUCAAGCUCGGUACCGUGGUCCACUUUACUCUAGGAAUAAAGGACUUUAUCAGCCUUUUAAGCAAUGGGCCUCAUAUUCGCCAAACUAUGGAGCUUCUUCUGUAACCAAGAACACAAGGUGAUCAUUGUUGGCCUCGACAACGCUGGGAAGACAACGAUCCUCUACCAGUUUCUCAUGAACGAGGUGGUCCACACGUCUCCCACCAUCGGGAGCAACGUGGAGGAGAUUGUGGUGAAGAGCACUCACUUCCUCAUGUGGGACAUCGGAGGACAGGAGUCUCUCAGGUCCUCGUGGAACACGUACUACUCCAACACAGAGUUUGUCAUCCUGGUGGUGGACAGCACAGACAGGGAGCGUCUGGCCAUCUCCAAAGAGGAACUCUACAGGAUGUUGGCUCAUGAGGACCUGAGGAAAGCAGCUGUGCUGAUAUUUGCCAAUAAGCAGGACAUGAAGGACUGCAUGUCGGCGGCAGAGAUCUCCAAAUACUUGACUCUGAGCUCCAUCAAAGACCACCCCUGGCACAUCCAGUCCUGCUGCGCACUGACAGGAGAAGGUCUUUGUCAGGGUCUGGAGUGGAUGACCUCCCGGGCUGGACUAAGAUAGCCUCCCCCCCCCCCUUCUUCACAGACAUGGACAUGCCCCCCACGAGAGCAUUUCCUUGCUGUUUUAUUUUGGAUGUGGACCUCGGCAGACGACAGCACGGACAGAAAGUUGCUGCUUGUCUGGGAAUUAACACUGUUAAAAUGUUACGGUUUUAUCAGGAGUCAAAGGACAAGACGUUCACCACAUGGAGGCAGUUUUCAUUUUGAACAAACAUUCAGGGUCAAACAAAAGGCAUGGUGAGUAUUGGAGUAAUGAAGAGGAUGUUUGUCAUUGCACAGCGUGUUACACACUCAUCAUAAGCUACGUGACCCCCGUCACGCUUUGUCGCCCAAAUGCCGUCAAACUGGAAUCUCCUCUUGCUCAUGUCAGACUUUUAGCGUUCUGUUUAUGCUCUGCCUUCACGGGCGUGAGGAUCAUUUUUAAUGACAGUAUUUUCAUGUUUGUUUUUCUUUUUAAAGAUAAAUGGUGCUCUUGCAUGUGUGCAUUAUUUCCCACUUUUCUAGCAAAGUGAAAAGACGUCAGUAUUUGAGUCAUGGCCUGGUGCACAGGAAAGCUCAGCCUUAACCACCUUUGACUGGCUCAGGUACCGUGUUACAUGUUAACAUGUUUCAUUAAAUGGUUUUCUUCUAUGCUUUAUCAUCAUAACCAAUGCUUUUUAUUCACAUCUGCAAUAUAUUCAACACACAGGACAGUCUAAAGUUGUACUAUACAUUCACUUUUGAAGAAAAGACAAUCAGUAAAAACUGGCAAUAUUUUUGCGACCGACAGGGAAGGUCAAUGUUAGCUUUUUCACAGGAAAUUUAGCAAUUGACAAGUUUGUCAUGAAAAUGCGUCACAAGGUUAAACUCAGCUUCCCAAGUUAACGCUGGUGCGGGCACGUCACACCCACCACCACCAUCAUGGUCUCUUUGGAGACUACGGCAGCGUCCUGCUUAUGACAUCAAAUAAAGCCAGUGAGAAAACAUGCAUCAGUCUUUAGAUGACUUCCAACAAAAACGAGUGACAGGACGAGCAGGAAAAGCGGUUUUGUUCUCACACACACAGAGCCCGAGGACACCUGCCAGAGGAAAGCACAAGUCAAGUGACUGGCAUCACGUGGCCAUAACAGGUCGCACAGGACCAACUCACCUGUCCUCUGUUAAAGCGUCCAUCUCGUCGUCGUCCUCCAGCUCCAUGUCCAGCUCGUUGUCCAGACUGUCACAGCCGUAAGCGCUCAAGACGCUGCAAGGCAACACAUGCGCCACGUGAUGGCGAUCCAACCAAUCUACCAUGGAGAAUCUGCACUGCGGGUGCUCACCUGACCGAGCGACACGUAAGGAAGACGAUCCUCUUCAGCUUCUUGUUGUAGAAGAAGUAGUUGAAGGACCAGAGGCUCCCCUCUUCUCCAAAAGGGUCCGAGUCCAGGUCAGGAUUGUAGCUGAGAGACAGACAUGUAACUCAUGACAAAGUCAACCACCAGAGGGCGACGUUACUUCAGUCGCAGUUUAGAACAAAACUUUGUAAGAAAAUGUAAGAUGACAGUAGAUGAGGUGGCGCUACUUCCUUCCAUCAAAAGACCCACCUGUAGAUGUCACAGGCGUGCAGGUUGAUCUCCUGGUCUAUAGCGCUCCACAGCUCAGGGCCCACAGAGUUGAAGUCUCCCACAGCGGAGAACAAGCUGCUGUUUACAGCGUUGGCCACCUGGAAGUAGCGCACGUGAUGGACACCAAACAUUUUGGCAGCAACACUUAGAAAAGAUGGCUGUCGUGCUGCCUACCCAGUUGAGGCUGGGCUCCCGGCUGAACUCAUGGGCCCGCGCCGCACUGAAGUCGUAGUCGGGCCUGAAGGACUCGUUGAGCGUGGCGAUGAGGUAGAAGAGAGUCUUCCUGCAGCACUUGUCGCUCAGGGGGUUCUCCCCGUCCUCGCUGCUUUUAGCCAGCCUGCAUAGCACACACUUCAUCAGUCAUGGGGGGUCUCGCUCUGACCGCACUUGGGGGGACCACACUCACUGAGAGGGGCUGGUGGUACCGGUGGACUGAGGCGGGGACAGAGCCUCCAGGAUGUGAGGCUCCCCCUCCUGGCAGAACUGCUUGAACAUGUGUUUGUCAUCUCCCGCCAUCUUGCAGGAGUAGCUCUCGAUCCUGUCAGUGACCACAUCAUUAGCAACAUUGCUCAAGUAGCACCAACAUGUGCAUGAUGCAUGUCACACUGCCAGCCACAGAGGUUAUGUAAGAACAAGUCCUGUAUUUUUAGGCUGUCCUCCUUUUACACAUGACAAUGUCAACAAACACUGACUACAACCUUCACACACACAACACACUAAUUCAUUACUCUUGGUGUUUUUACA